AAUUGGCUGGCCGUAACAUUUCAUCCCCCUAGAAUAGUAUGGUUCUAUCGAACAUUUUCGUCAAAACGGACAUAGGCUAUGUGACAGCCUAAUAAAGUGAGGUCGACAUUGCAAUUCCUCGUGAAGGAAAAACUAGGGGAACUAAUUUCUCAAAGGCCCUGGUCCUCCCAACCUCACAAUGUCGGAAGGAAACGGGCCAAAUGAGACAUUUCCUGUGGAAUCAAAGGCUGAAUGUGGCUCUGCAAGCAGGACCACAGAUAUUGAUGCAGAUCAGGAUCAUGUGAACUUGUCCCCCAUGAUACGCCACCUUGUGGAAAACAUGACCGAAGAGCAUUGGAGAGUCGUCCGUGAGGCUCUACAUGUGUCUAGGACCAAAGAAGAUGUUAGCCAGCUUUGUUCCUGCAUAGUUGCGAAAGUGGUCCGGACGACUCAUUAUUACCUGAUCCCAGCCCUUAGAAAAGUUCUGGGUGUUCCUGUCACAUACGUGAUUCCAUGUGGAACAGCAAGGGUAAGCACGUCGGAUGCCAAGAAGGCUAGAGAGUUGUCCUUGGGUCAAGGAAAUCUGAGGGCUGAACAUGCCAAAGCCUCAGGACUGUCACUCUCCAUUCCUUUACUGGAUCAGCUGACCGGCGCUGAAUUUAGAGGAAGGGUAACCGAGCAAGUGAGUGAGGUUUUGCUCAGCACUCUUGGCAGUGAUUCUUGCCCUGAAUCUCCAGCUGAGGUAUUUGCCAAAGAUGACCACGAGUCAAACACCAUAGCAGAGAGGCAGACAGACAUCGGUGAGCUUCCUGCCUUCUAUCCAUCCGGCACCCACUCACAGUCUGUCGCUGAUGAUCUUGUCGAUGAUCUUGUCGAUGAUUUUGUCGAUGAUGUUAUCGACUCCAUGAACGAAGACUUGGGCCAAAACGCUCUCUCAGCAGCAGUGCGGUGA